GUAUCUAGAUUUAGAUCUAAGUUAGAUCUAGUGAAGAUAAUUCGCGCUUAACCUGAAAACUCUGUGAAUUUUAGUUAAUUUAAGGAUCUAGAUACAGGUACAUCUAAUGUCUAGAUUGCUCUAGAAAUACGCUAGAUUCUAGAUUUACGCUAAAUCACUAGAAUCUAGUGAAGAUAAUUCUCUCACAGCCGUUAAAAGUCCGCGAAGUUUAGUGACAUUGAGUUAGAAUCUAUAGAGUCUAAAUCUACGAUAGAUUCAGUGAAGAUAAUUCACACACAGCCGUGAAAAGUCCGCCAAUUUAGUGACUUAAUUAGAUCUAGACUGUAGAAGCAGUGACAGCCGUGAAAAGUCAGCGAAUUUAGUGACAGAUCUAGACUCUAGAUUUACGGUAGAUUCAUUGAAAAUAAUUCUCUCACAGCCGUGAAAAGUCCGCGAAUUUAGUGACUUAGAUCUAGACUCUAGAUUUACGGUAGACUCAGUGAAAAGUCUGCGAAUUUUAGGGACUAGAUUUACGGUGAUUCAGUGAAGAUAAUUCGAAAAAAGUCAGCGAAUUUAAUGACUUAGACUUAGAUCUAGACUUAAUUUAUGCUAAUCCAAUAGAAUAGAGUGAAGAUAAUUCUCUCACAGCUGUGAAAAGUCCGCGAAUUUAGUGACUUAAAUUAGAGUCUAGAUCUACUGUAGAUUUAACAAAAAUAUUUCGCACACAGCUGUAGAAAAGCCAGUAGAGUUAUUUUGGUUGUAAUUUACUUAAAACAGAUGGAAAGCAAGUCAACUGCUAUAGAGCAAUGGAAACUAGUUAAUCAGAUUUCUAGAAAUGACUUACUACCCCAAAGAUAAGCCUUUGCGAGGAUGGCUGAAGCGUAAGGGAGGACGAAUGAAUUCAUGGUCUCGACGAUGGUGCAUUUUGUCAGACAAAUUUCUUUUUUUUUACCUGAAAGAAGAUGACAAGAAGCACUCAGACUGCAUCUCUCUAGAAGAUCAGACAAUAACUGAACCUGGACCAGACCCUAAUUCUGUAGAACCUAGACGCUACCAGUUUGAUAUAGUUUGUGGUCAAAAUGAAAUAUCAUUAUGUGCAGACAGUGAAGAAUUGAAGAAGGUAUGGACUCGUGCAUUGAAAAAGGCACUUUAUGCCAACAAAGGAGGAGCCUUGUUUAGUCAGUCAUUAGAAGAAAUUUUGAUGUAUGAGCGGCGUGAGAAUCGGAUCAUUCCAUACAUUGUUGAUGAAUGUGUUGAGUUUCUUUACAAAUAUGGCCUUGAAGCAGAAGGAAUAUUUAGGUUACCAGGUCGGCAGUCUGCAAUUAAAGAAAUUAUUCUUCGUUUUGAUAAGGGAGAGAAAAUCAAGCUUGAGGAUGAAAAUGUUGAUGUGCAUGUUGUGGCAUCAGUGCUCAAGACAUUCUUGAGGGAUCUGCCAGAUUCCAUUAUUCCUUGCCGCUUCUUUCAAAAGUUUAUGAAUAUAGCCAUGAAAUUUAUGGAGGCAACUGAUUAUGAGACAAGAGAUAAGUGUGUCUCUGAGCUGGCAGAGGGAAUGAAAAGCAUACCAAAAGAUAACUAUAUUAUACUCAAAUAUGUCUGUCGUUUUCUGAGAGAGGUUGGGUUACGUGAGCCCAUAAACAAAAUGUCAAUGAUGAGCAUUGGAACAGUUUUUGGUUACAAUCUUAUUCGCCACAUAGACAAGGAGAACUCACAUCUUCUUAUGUGUACAGCAGACCUGGGUCAGAAUCUUGUCUUCAUGCUUUUGGAGUAUUUUCCCAUUAUCUUUAAGCUUGAAUACAGUGACAAAGGGGAAGUUGGGAAUGUUGUCCCUACAGAGGAUCUUCUUCGUAUGUCACGUCACAUUGAUGCCCAGCUGCUCUCCCCAAACAAUGUAAUCCCUAAAGCUCUGAAAGAACUGGAAGGAGUGGAUUUUUCUUUAGCAAGUCCAGUAACCCCUGAUAGCUGUAAGAGCUCUAUGAUUUCUUUAAACAUUCAAGAGGAAAGCACUGCUGUCACUUCUAGGAAUGUCUUUUUUAACUCUUCAUCAGACUUAUUAGAGAUUAAGCGAACCUUACAUUUAAGCCUCUCUGAUUCAUCUGAGACAGGCAACAGUCAAAUAAGCCCAGUCUCUCCUAGCAAUGAUCCCCCUGUUCCACCAAAGAGAAAAUCCAGGUUACAGAGGAACAGAUUUGCUAGUGAAAAAGUUAAACCAAGUGGGGCUUACCAGCUGGUUAAUGAUAUUUCACUAACAGUUCAAGGCACCAGAGGCACAAUUCUUCCACCAGAUUCAAGUGAAGAAAAAGUGUCAGAACAAGAAGUAAUAACUUCCAACUCUAAAGGCUCUUUGGCCGUAAUGAACAGAGGAUUUAGUGACGACACAGCAUCCCAUGAGGCCAACGGUAAUGGUAAAUUAGGUCCUAGUCAUUCAGAUCUGAGGCUGCAGGUCAGUGUCCUGAAAGAAGAGUUAUCUAUCCAGAGGGAUAAGAGCAAGAAGCAGGUCAAUGCUCUGAAAGACCAACUUGUGGUCAUGAAGGAGAGAUAUGAGCAUAGGAUUGAUACCAUGCAGAAUGAGUAUAACUGUCAUCAGAUGGAGUUGGAGACAAACUUAGAGGCUCAGAGGCAAGCCUGUGCUGCUGCCAUAGCAGAGAAUAUGAAGCUAAAAGAAAGAUUACAUUUGUAUGAAAUGAAGUAUGGUGUUUUGUGAUUACUUGUUUUUAUACAUUUUAACAAGUGUCAGGAAUGACUUUGCAAUUUAAAAACAUUGUAAAUCCAGUUUUCUACAUGCAUACAAUGUAUCUGUUUUAAACCCUCAAGAAUAUUUUGUGUAUUUAUAUUUUUGUUUACAUUUUUUCAUUUAAAAAAACUUAACUCUUAGAUAAAGUAUAACAUCUGCAAAAACAAAAUUUUGAAAAUUAAUAAAUUAACCCUAUAACAAAUGAGUUAUUUGAAUUUAAUGUACACUUAUUACAAAUUUGUAAUUGUUGUACAGUAUAGUUUUUCAUUCUGAAAAUUCUUAUUCAGGCUACAUCAUAAAACAAACAAAAUUAAUUCGAUUAAAUUUUUAACUGCACCUAAAUACAUGUUGCUCCACACUGGGCUGAUCAUUUAAAAAUGUAAUUUACAGGCACAUGUAGUUAACAUUGCUAAAAUAGAUCGCAAGGUUUGAAAGGGGCACUUUACUUUUAAUAGAGAGAAGCUGUAGUAGUGGGUAUUGUUCAAUUGUUCAAUAGAUAUGCCAUGUAGUAGUGGGCAUUUAUUUCACAUCCAUGAAGUUCCAACAGAGAUUUCAUCCAAGCAGAAAGGCAAAAGCAAAAAAAUAUUUUAAAUUGUGUAUGGGUACAUUAUUAAAAACCUACUGGGCUACAGUGAAAUUUGAAGGUCUAUACGUCCAUUAUGAAAUUACUUAUAAUUAUGUGUUACAGAGUUCAUUGGCAAAUUUGGGACUGUUAUGUUGUAUUCUUUGCAUACACUAAGGACAUUCUUGUAAUGUACUAUUUGACUUUUCCUAUUUAAACAAAAUUUUCAAGGGUUGCUUUCAAUCGGAACAUCCUGCAUGCUUUGCACAAUAAAUCUGCAGGUUAUUUUUAUUUUUGUCAACCAUUCUGUCACCUCUCUCUCAAUAACAAAUAUGUUUUGAAAAUUCAUUUCACCAUCAAUUUUAUCAUGCUUGAAUUAGGUGCAAUAGUUACUUUUGGUCUUCCAGAAGCAUGUUUAAGUAUACCACAUUUUUCCCCACAAAAUUUAAUUCAUACAAAUCUGUUUGUAUUCUUAUAAGUAUACAUAUAUUUAAAAUAUUCUAAUCUCUGCCUGUGAUUCUGUUUGGGGCUUAUGCCACCAACCAGCUUCCCGGUUCUGGGCAAGUCUCUCCAACUGUCUUGCACAUCUGCUUGACACCUGCUUCCAAAUCUCAGCACUGUGUAUUUCUAGGAUGUCCCCUCUUCCUCUUUUCUUGGGGUUCAGGUGAGGGUUUGUCUUGUAUCUUGGAUGCAGGCGUGCAAAGGGUGUGGCUUAUUCAUGUCCAGCGUCUCUGAAGGAUAUCUAUUCAAGGGGCUGCUGCUUUUUUCUUUGCCACAGUUCCUCUUUUGCGAUCUUGUCUGGCCAGCAUAUUGUACUGUUGACUUUGUGGGAAAAAAAUGUAGACAGUAUUUCUACUAUAUAAAUUCAUUUCAGCACAUAAAAUCUAUUUGACUUGAAAUGAAACUUGAUGUAUAGUAAUGUUCCUAUUGUUAAAUAUGUACAUAAUGUUUUCUUUUAAAACAAUUUUUAAUUGUGCCUUAACUUAGAAUUUUAAUACUCAAUUUCCUCUAGUUCAAACAAAUGUGUGGCUUGUCUUACAUAUUUCAUGUUUAUUUUUAGUUAGAUGUCUAAAAUUUGGGUAAAAUAAGAUUUUAAAAUCAUGCCUAGCUAUUAAAUAAAAAAAUAAAUAAUUUCCUCCUUUAUAAAGCUGAUGGUGUCUAUAAAUUCUCAUUCUAUUUAUUUAUUAAAAUGCUUUAUUUUUGCAAGGAAUCUUUACAGUGAGCUUGCACAAUCAAGUUCUUCUACUAACAGUUUAGUUUAUUUCUACAUAGGAUAGGUGCAAAAUGUACAUCUACCAAAGUUUAUUUAUUAAACUCCUCACUGAAUACAAAGCAACAUUUGAGAUGAUUGUGGAUAUUCCCAUUGAAAGAUAUUAAAUUUGUUAAAUUUAUUUUUAAGAGGAUUAUAUUUUGAAAAUUGAUAAUGGUCGAAGCAGAGUUUUCACUGUAUGACCAGUCAGCUAGUAAUCGUUUUCCCAAAGAUACACAUUAACUUUCAAAUAGCAAAAUUGUUAGAGCUAUUUUCAAAAUCCUUUUGCACCCAGUUUCCACCCAUGAAGACCAAUGAUUACAAGCUAAUAAAAGUAAUUGUAAUAAAAAUACUUAUUGUGGCAUUUAUAAUGAAUCAAUGUUAUUGAUUUUUUUUCAAAGCUUGAGAAACCAUUUGGGAGAUUUGAAUUGUUUCAAUAGUGUAUUAAGCUUUUUUCAUUGUUUGUAUUAUGUUAGAAUAUUUUUUAAUGUCUAUUAAGCUAUACAUGACAUUGAGUGUUUCAGUUGAUGUAUUUUGUUAGAGUUUAUUCAUUGUGUCUGCUCAAUUUUAAUGUACAUUGAUUGCCCUGUGUUCAAUUAGGUUUUUUUUUCUUAUAUAAAACAAAAAAAAAACAACAACCUGAAAAUUAUAACUGCUAACAAAUAUUGAUACAUUCCAAUUAAUGAUUCCUUUUCCCCAUCCCUCAUUCAGACCACCACCUGUUUUCAUCAGAAUAUAAAAUAUAUAUAACGUCAAAACAAAAUUUCCAUUAGGGUUAUUGCAUUCUUACUUUUUUUUCAUCUGCCCCAUAGAUCACAAGGUCUGAAAAUGGAUCUUUUUUUUUUUUUAAUUAUCCUUAUGAUAACUCUGAUUUGAAGCACAAUAUUUCUAUUUCCAACUGCACAUGCAUUAAUUAGAAGUAAAACCUUAUUGUGGUGUCAAAAGUAUUGCAGGUCUUAUUUCCAUUCAUCCCUUGUAGUCCCUAUGGAAUGGAAUGACACCCAUUAAUCCUUGCAGCUAGCAUAAAGAUUGAUAUAGUUGCCUAACUGCAUUUCUAUUUACUACUUGAAUGAAUGACUAGUAACAAAGCUGUAUUCAUUGGUGUACAUGGAAACAAAGACUUGAAUGAAUGACUAGCAAUCAAAGCUGUAUUCAUUGGUGUACAUGGAAACAAAGACUUGAAUGAAUUCUUCUUCUUCUUCAUCGUUCUCAUUGUUAUGUUGGAGUGUUCAUAUGACUAGACCAAUACAUGAGAUGAACUGCGCAGUGGUUUCCAAAUCAGGGAGCUCUCCAUACAGUUUUCUUUCUAUUGGGGUGAUUUGGGGCCAAUGUCUUAUACAGGCCUCUUGGUAGAGAGAGCAGUUUUGGAGGACGUGGUCGGCAUUUUCUGGUGAUACUCCACAUGGGCAGAUUUCACUGGUUCCAAUUUUGAGCUUCCGGAACAUGUGUUGUCGCAUUCUGUUGUGUCCGGUCCUGAGUCGAAAGAUUAGACGUUGGUCUUGUUGGGAUAGCUUAUAGUAAGCAUCAUCUUUCUUGUGAUUUGGAUGGGAGCUCGUCCAUUUCUCAUUUAUUUUAUCUACAAUUAAUUUCUUCAUUUCUUCUGGAUAGAGAGCAGAGUUUACUUGUGAGUUUGUUCUCCCACUCUUGGCGAGUGUGUCAGCCUUCUCGUUUCCUGCUAGUUGUAUGUGAGCUGGUAUCCAUUGAAUGACAGUUUUUUUGCUGUUGUGGUUGAGUUUUGUGAGUGCUGUUCUGAGGUUUUUAAUAUAAGGGGAAUCAGAGUUUUGCAGGCUUUGGAGGGUUGUUUUUGCGUCUGUUAGAAAGACAAUCUGACUGUGAGGGGAACUUGGAUGAUUUGCUAGCAUGGUAGCAGCUAGUGCUAGUGCUUCCCUUUCUGCUCUGUGACUAACUGCAUUUCUAUUUACUACUUGAAUGAAUGACUAGCUAACAAAGCUGUAUUCAUUGGUGUACAUGGAAACAAAGACUUGAAUGAAUGACUAGCUAACAAAGCUGUAUACAUUGGUGUACAUGGAAACAAAGACUUGAAUGAAUGACUAGCUAACAAAGCUGUAUACAUUGGUGUACAUGGAAACAAAGACUUGAAUGAAUGACUAGCUAACAAAGAUGUUUCAUUGGUGUACAUGGAAACAAAGACAAGUAUGCUUUGCUCAACAUAACUUAUUUUCAUCAGUUAUUUGUAUAGACCAAUAAUUAUUUUCUAAGAACCAUUUUAUACUAAUCUACACACCAUUGUUGUAUUAAAAUGUGAAUUACUAUUUGCACCCAUGUAAUUGCUAAUUUCUUUUGUUUUCUAUUGGUUUGAAAAUUAAUUUUUUAUUAUCUUUGAUGUAAAACUGACUUUUUUUUUGUAUCUGUUUGAUUGUAUCAUUGUUUACAUGAACACAUCAGCUUUGAUUUAGUAUCCUUCAACUAUUUUGUUACCUUUUUUUCAUGCCAUUAUUUUACUGAUAUCUUGCUGGCCAGUUCUGAGACCAAAAAACAGAACCAACGUUACACUAAACAAGCACAAAUGAAACCAUCCAUGUUUACCUUCAAGACAUUUCUGUUUUACUGACAAAAGAAACGCAAGUUUGUUUCUUUGUUAUCUCCUCGUACAGUAUAUUAAACUGUUUGCUACAUUUUAUAUCACUAAAUAUGUGCAGCUUCUGCAACUAGAUAACUGAUUUGUCUAAUUAGCUAAGAAUUCCUUUUUUCUAUUCUAUUGGUUUGUCAAAAUGAUAAUUGUUUUCUUGUUUAUUUUAAAUUAAUAUGUAAUGUAUAAUUUGUACACAUAAUUUAUCUGGUGGUGAAAUUAUUUAAAAAAAUGAUAAAUGGAAAGUAAAAUGUUUCCAAAAUUCCAUUUCGUUAACAUAAGGGAAUUGAAAAAAGUCCUUGACUGGCAGUGUUACUGAGAUACAACACUAGAAGUGAAACAUUUUUUUUUAAAGUUACUAAAUUUUGUUCUGCUGCCUUAAGAUCAUUUUGUAUCAGGGAUCCAAUAAAUGAUGUACAAGUUCUAGUUGUAGUUUUAAUUAGUCUUUCAUCCAUAGGGUUUUAAAAUAUGUUUUUAUGUAUACACUUUUAAAUACUUACAAGUUUCAGUAUCAUAAUAUACAUAUGUACAUUAUAAAAUUUAUUAAAAACUCUAUAAAUCUUACUCAUAGUACAGUUAUUUGUUGUUACAACUGACAGCAUUAUUUUAAAAUAUAAAUCUUGAAAUGACUGUUCUAAUAUGUACAUAAAGUAUUUGUAUUUACAAAGGAUGGCUUGCUAAAUUAUCACUACGCAAUAUGUAUAUGACUUAGUUACUUAAAUUUCUAGAUUUAGAACAAAUUUUUAACCUUUCUAUUAGACUUUGCAUGAACUAAAUUUAUUGCUAGUUUCUGUAAAGAGUCUUAAAUAUGUUUUUUUUUUAUUGCUGUAAAAUUUGAUGUUUGGGAUACUUUGAUUUGUAUGGGCCUUUUUGUAAGUUAAAUGUUUAAUACUCACACAUUGCUGGGUGUAUUGCAUGAUUAAUUUGGGCUGUGCUAGAUCAAAAUAUGUGGGCCUAUGUAUUCUAUAUAUUUAUUUAAUAAUAAUUAAAGAAAUACAUUUAAAAAUGUUUAAAAAAACAACAGAAGCAGAAGGUUGCAGUUCUGUAAAAUGUGUUUGUAUAUCUGUCUGUUUGUUGUUAAGAUAGUUCAUUAUUCACAGCAAAUAAAAUUAAUGUUAUAGCUGUAGCCAUAAUUGAUUAUAUGACUCACACUUAUUCGGUUGCAUUUUAAAAAAUUUUGUUCCCUCUUUUUAAAAUUUUUUUUUUUAAUAUAUAGACUCUACCGUGAGACACUAAAAUAGAAAAAAAAAGAAUGUAGCUGUUUAACAUUUGUAUUGGUAUAAUGCUUUCCCUUUCUUUCUGCUGUUUCUUCACCGCAUGCUGUGUUCAGAACAACAAUCAACAUGCUAAUAGCCAGUGUCACAUUUAGAAGCACAUCAUUUAUAUGUAACUAUAUAGUCAUACUGGCAUGGCAUGUUCAACUGAAUGUAGGACCACACACACACUUAUGUAUUGGUGUUAGUUUUUCUUCAGGAUUAUUACUUUACCUUUUGGAUGUUGUCUCUCGUAUACUAGUAGAGAUUUGUUCAUGUUUUAGUUUGGUCUAUGGUCUAGAUUUAGUUGUGGUUUUACAAUAAGUUGAUAUUGUUCCAUGUAAACAUGAUUGUUCAAGAAUUGUAUUUUAAUUUAAUUUUUUUAAAGUUAACUUUUUAAAAAAUUGUUCGGAUAAAAUAUUAACUAGAUCCUGCAAUUUUUUAACUGUGUAACUAAUUUAAUGUUAAAAUACAAAGAAAUCUUUAAUUAUCCAUGGUGUUUGUGAUUAACUAGUAAAAUAGAAAAAUACUUUUUUUAAAAAGACUAUUCUUCCUUUAUGAAGCUGAUGACUUUUUGUAAGGUCGAUUACUUUGCUCUUAAUAACUAAUGAAUAAGAGAUAAAAAAGGAAAAUUUUUUGCCCCACAUUGAACAAAAGUCCUGGUUUCACCAAUGUGAUAUAGAUGCAGACCUGGAAACAAAAAGACAGUAGUCUAGACUACAGUAUUGGAUCUACUUUGAGCUAUGGUCUACAAAAUUCUUGUUUGGUCCAGCUAAUUAUUUUUACGUAUGACAAGGCACAAAAUGUUCCUGAAUGUCUAUUUGUCUAUUUAACUCUUUAGGGAAUAUAAGCGAGAAUAGGGGAAUAUCCGUUAACUGGUCAAAAAAAUAGAUCUCCUGACCUAAUUUAAUUUUAGGAUGAUUAUAUUCUGAAAAAUUAUAACAAGUCUAACCAGAGUUUUUCCUGUGUGGCCAAUUAGCUAGUAAUUUUUACCUAAAGAUAUGCAUAAAGAGUAAAAUUUCUAGGAAUAUUGUUAAAGUUGUUUUUGAUAUCUGUGUCCAUCCACCCUUAACCCAUGAAAAGUUUGCAAGCUAAAUAAGAUGAAUUGUAGAAACAUAUAUCAUUUUUUUAUAACAACAUAGCAUAAUAUAAUAUUAAUUUGACCAUCAUAAAUAUAUAUUCUACAUUGUGUCCCAAUUUAAAAAUACAUUUCAAGUCCGUUUAAUAAUAGAACUUUUUGAGUUAAAACCUUAUAAUGACUUCAUUGUCUUCAUCUACCAAAACAAUCGAAAAUACUGACAGGAAAAUGUGUCAAACGUUUUCCCAUCUUGCUCACUCAUUAAGUCAUUCCCAAUAGAAUCUGAUGUUUGUAUUUAAACAAGGAUUGAAUAUACUCGUUUUUUUUCCCCCAAGGCAGCAAAUAAUAGAAUAGAACAGAACAAUAAGGCUAUCUUUAAGAAUAACUGCAGAUAUAAAAUAUUUAUAUAUUGUUUUUUUUUUUUUUUUUUUUUUUUUUUUUACAAAUUUGAGUAAUGCCUAAGUUAGCCUAGUUGAUGUUUGUAUCUGUAAUUGUUACACUACAUAAUUGCAUUGUGUUGUAAUUUGUUAUCACAGUCCUGCUCUAUUUGAUUCAGACAUUUAAGAUCAUUUAUAUAUAGGUCAGUUCUUAAAUUGUGUUAUUCUAUCAUGUAUGAGUGUACACUGGAAGAUGGGAAAGAUCAUGUACACAGACAUGCUUUUUUUUUUUCAUUUCUGAGAUGUUUAGGGGGUCAGAAGUAUUUGUAAACAGAAUCUAUGCAUGCCUUAAUCUGAAAGUACUACAAUACUGCAAUACAUUUCUGCAACUAA